AUGCGCGGGGGCGGAGCGCUGGCGCUGGCGCUGGCUGCGCUGGUGCUGCUGCUGCCGCCGCCGCCGCCGCCGUCGGCGUCGCCGUCGGCGUCGCGGGGCGCGGCGCGAGUGGGCGUGGCGGCCGAGCCACCGCCGCCGCCCGCGCGCGCCCUCGGCCCCGGGGCUGGCGCCUCGCGAGGCGACGGGGACGAGCUGCCGGCGGAGCUGCUGGUCUCCGAGUUCCUCUUCGCGCACGAGACCAAGACUAUUCCAUAA